AUGGCGAAUGCACCGAUGAGCGGGGCGUAUUUCAUCAUCCUGCUUUGUGUGUCUGACCUGGUGUCGGGACAAACUCACUAUUCGAUUCCCGAAGAAUUGGAACUUGGAGCAUUUGUUGGGAAUAUCGCUGAGGAUUUAGCACUAAACGUUUGGGAAUUAUCGGCUCGCAAAUUUCGGCUGGUUCCGGAUGAAAGUAAGCAAUGCAUGGAGGUAAAUCCGGAAAGUGGGAUUUUGUUUGUUCACGAUAGAAUCGACAGGGAACAGAUAUGUGGACAAAGCUCAACUUGUUCUCUUAAUUUUCAAAUAGCGCUCGAUAAUCCGUUGGAAAUACACCCCGUUGCAGUGGAGAUACUAGAUGUAAAUGAUAACUCACCUAGAUUCCCAAAGAGUGAAUUCACCCUGCAGAUUAAUGAAUUAAUUGCGCCAGGAGCGCGCUUCCCUCUCGAGAGCGCGCUCGAUCCAGACGUGGGCACAAACACAGUCAGUACUUACCAAGUUAGCCCAAAUGAACACUUUGGUCUCAAAGUGCAGACAAGAAGCGACGGGAGUAACAGCGCUGAGUUGUUAUUAAAAAAAUAUUUGGACCGCGAGAAACAGGCAAGCUUUCAAUUGGUACUGACAGCAAUUGACGCAGGGAUUCCUCAGAGAUCUGGUACAACUCGGGUUAUGAUUACUGUUGUGGACGUCAAUGAUAACGCGCCUGUAUUUGAUAAUGAAAUGUACAGGGCGAGUGUGGACGAAAACGUCGCCAAAGGCACCUUGGUAACAAAAAUUAAUGCUGUGGAUUUAGAUGAAGGCAUGAAUGCUGAGCUGACCUAUUCCUUCACAAGCCACGCCUCCCAGAAGAUCCGUGAAUUGUUCACAUUGGACCCGGCAACUGGAGAGAUCAGAGUUCAAGGUGUACUGGAUUUUGAGGAAUCAAGUGUUUAUGAACUUGACGUAGAAGCUGUGGACAGUGGUUUGGCUGGAAUGGUAGGACAUGCCAAAGUUAUAGUCAGGCUAACAGACAUGAAUGAUAACGCCCCCGACCUUGACGUGACCUUGGUGUCUAGCACGGUGCGGGAAGAUGCUCCUCCGGGUACUGUGAUAGCUCUGAUCAGUGUAACAGAUUUAGAUUCUGGGGAAUAUGGAGAAGUUCAGUGUCAGGUUCCAGUGCAGCUUCCUUUCAAACUUCAAAAGUCCUUGAGGAACCACUACAAAUUGGUUACUAAAGCUAUUUUGGAUCGCGAAACCGUCCCGAUAUACAACAUCUCUAUUUCAGCUUGGGACAGAGGGAAUCCCCCUCUUUCAACAAAUAAAACUGUCUUAGUUUCAGUAACUGAUAUAAAUGACAACGCCCCGAGGUUCACACAGUCUUCAUAUAAUGUAUACCUGAUGGAGAACAACACUCCCGGUUCCUCUAUAUUUGCUGUUACCGCGUUAGACCCUGAUUUAGGUUACAAUGGGGAAGUGUCAUAUUCUGUUUUAGCGAAUCCGCUGCAAGAAAUGUCUGCGCCUGCUUACGUCAGUAUUAACUCAAGAAAUGGUAACAUUUACGCACGACGUUCCUUUGACUAUGAGCAACUGAAACAUUUCCAGUUCAAAGUUCAUGCUCAGGAUAAUGGAUCUCCUCCACUCAGCAGCGCAACCAUGGUGAAUGUUAUUAUCUUGGACCAAAAUGACAAUGUUCUGGUUGUUGUUUCACCUUUGACCUGGAACAGUUCAGGAUCAGUGGAAAUUGCACCCCAAAUAGUGUAUGCGGGAUACUUAGUCAAUAAGGUCAUCGCUACUGAUGCGGAUUCUGGUCAGAAUGCUCGGCUAUCUUAUCAUCUGUUGGAUACAACUCAUCCAGGUCUGUUUACCGUGGGUCUUUACUCUGGAGAAAUAAGAGCAACUCGCAAUUUGAGAGAUGAAGACCUCACCAGACAGAGAAUCGUCCUCUGCGUCAAGGACAAUGGACAACCCAGCCUCUCCAGUACAGUCACAAUUUUCUUUUCAAUCUUGUCCAAUGUUACUAAAAAAUCGUUGGAACCAAGUCACCAACCUAGAACCUUGGAAUAUCUUUCGGAUAUAAAUCGUUACUUAAUCAUCAUUUUGGGAUCAGCAUCCUUCUUGUUCCUCAUAAUUAUUAUCUUUUUGGUUAUUCUAAAAUGUAAACAAGACAGAAACAUUGCUGAAGACGACAGCUCUGCAGUUUGCUGUUACAACCAGAGGAAUUCGGAUAAUGCUUUCAUUCGGAGGCCUGCAGCAAACGAACAAUUAAAGUAUAGCGGGCCUGAUCAGGCAGAAAGUUAUCGUUAUGCCGUGUGUUUAUCUCCAGAAUCAUCCAAAAGUGAUUUUCUGUUUCUGAAGCCUUGUCACCCUACCUUGCCCUUCACUGACCCGACCAUUCCGGACUCUAACGCAUGA